AUGAGUGGCCUCGAUGCAGCUGCCGGCAUUGCUGGCCUGUUGACCUUGUCCUUCACCUGUUUGCAAGGCUGUAUCAAAGGCUUUACCCUAUUACGUCGAGCGCGCAGCCAUGACCGUGAUGUUGCCGGCGUGAGCUUGAUGAUCGAACUUGAACAACACAAGUUUCUGACUUGGGCCGAAGAAGCUGGUCUGUUCGAGGAUCCGCCCGACCUGCGGGUUAACGCCCGGGACGCUCGCUACGUACCAAAGAUCCUGGCUCAAUUGAAGAAACUUCUGCUAGAUGUGAAUGGGCUGAGGAAACGCUACCAUCUGGACGUCAAGGAGGAUCCAGAAGAAAUCCUUGACCUCGACGAGGACAAUUCCGCCGGUGCCAAGCUACCGUCGCAACACCGAAAGAGCCUAUCUGAACUAUUUCACAACAAAACCAAUUGGAGAAAAUGGACCUGGAUUGCCUUUGAUGAGAAGAACGUGCGCAUGUUGAUGGAUGAUGUGAAGGUCCGGGUAGCCCAGCUUCAGCAGUUCCUUGACCACGAAAGGCAGGUUAGAAUGGAUCAGGCAUUUGAUGUAUUGCUGCGGACGACCGUGGUCAAAACUGCCAACGAACAAGAGCUGGACGUUAUCGGUCACGAUCGCAGUCAGUCUUUCUCCAAGGGGGCCAUUCCCGCAGCUGCCCGCUUGAAACGGCAGGGUCUCGUUUUGGGGGUUACAGAUACUUGCACAGACAGUCACUCAGUCAUCCAAAGGCCAGAAUCUUGGAGGACCUCGACCAGGAGAGACUCACACUCUUUCCUUCCCAGCCUCUCGCUCGCGGCAUCGCCUUCAUUCUCUUCGAAGUCGAUGAGGCUGAACUGGAACGAACUCACCGCCCCGCCGUCACAGACCGAGAGCGGUGGUGGAGGCAUCAAGCUACCGCUGCUAGAGAAUCGGGUGGACCGAGUUUCAGCAUUCUUGCACGAACUUGACCCGUCCUUCCACAGUUUGCCCUGUCGUGGCUACAUCAAAGAUUGGGCUGCAAAGGACCGAUAUGCCUAUGUCUUUGAUCUUCCUUUUAGUAUGUACCCUCCAACAGUGCAACAGAGCGCCGCGAGGAGCCAUAUGGACUUCCCAUCAUUGCCGAGUAUGCACACCUUGCGAGAUAUGCUAGAACGACCGAUGGAAAAUCCGUCUCUCAAUCUCCGACUUUCCUACGCUAUUACACUCUUGGAGACGUUGCUUCAGAUCCAUACCGCUGACUGGCUGCACAAGGAACUUCGGUCUGACAAUAUCCUCUUCAUCCAGGGCCCUCAAUUGGGCAAUGCCUCUAAUGAGGAUAUUCUGCUUUCUCCGAUAUAUGUUGCAGGCUAUGUCUAUGCCAGACUAGACAGUCCAUAUGAACUCACAGAGCCCACAGAGUCAGACUUCGAAAACGACCUGUAUCGUCACCCGAUGUCGAUGGGCCCGUCCAGGGGGUCAUAUCGCAAGAGCUUCGAUAUUUUUAGUGUCGGUUGCGUCUUGCUUGAGCUCGGACUGUGGGCAAGCCUUCCCGAUAUUCUGCGGACUUGGUCCAGGGAUGGUCAUCGUGGUGUAGGCUUGACAGAUGCUACCUCCAAGAGCCCGCAUUUCCCAUUUUCUCCUUCACUGGCCAUGCUCACCCCGAAGUCAUCGUCCAAUUCCAUCAACAGGCUGAGUCGUGACAACUUGAAGGAGAGGCGGAGUCGUGAUUUGAAGUUGCAGAGAAGCGUUCACUCUGUCGACCAAGAAAUGGGCGACAAAAGCCCGGCGCCUGUCUUUGACCUUCUGGAACUGCGACACCAACUGCUCCUCUCCAAUUGGAAUGCGGAGAGCGGUCCUAAGAACGCUGUGACGCGUGCUUCGUCUCAUGGUAUUCUGAAGGCGUUGAGAGGAGCGGCGGGCAUCGGAUAUGCAAAGGUGGUGGAGAGGUUCCUCGGGGUGGUCGAGAACAUGGAGGAAAUUGAUAACUACUCGGAUCUUGUGGGACAAAUGGACGAACAUGAAUACGCUCUCAAGUUGGAGAUGGAAUCUCUAGACUCUCUCAGGGCCAUUGCAAAAGUCAUCUGA